AGAUAAGAGAGUCGGGUGGAGGGGCGAGGGAGCCGGGCAUGGCAUUCCGGGCCAGGGCGGCCGUGAGGAUGGCAGGGCCCCAGCAGCCCCUGCGCUGGGCGCGCACCCUGGCCACCAGCGCCGCGGCGGCUCCCCGGGCGACGCUACCCUUCGAGGCCAUGCCCCGGUGCCCCGGCAGCAGGUGGCUGCGGGUGCUGCGCGUCUGGAGGGAGGGCUCCGAGGACCUGCACCUGCAGAUGCAGCGGGCCUUCCAGGAGCUGGGGCCCAUUUUCAGGUAUGACGUGGGAGGGAGGCACAUGGUGUGCGUGACGCUGCCCGAGGACGUGGAGAAGCUGAAGCAGGCGGAGGGCUGCCAGCCCCGCAGGAUGGUCCUGGAGCCCUGGCUGGCCCACCGGCAGCUGCGCGGGCACAAGCACGGCGUGUUCUUGCUAAACGGGCCGGCCUGGCGCUCGGACCGCCUGCGGCUGAACCCCGACGUGAUGUCGCCGCAGGCCGUCCAGAAGUUCAUCCCCAUGGUGGACAGGGUGGCGAGGGACUUCUGUGGGGCCCUGAUGGCGAAGGUGCAGCAGAACGCACGGGGGAGCCUGACCCUGGACAUCCAGCCCAGCAUCUUCUACUACACCCUGGAAGCCAGCAACUUGGUCCUUUUCGGAGAGCGGCUGGGCCUCCUCAGCCAGAGCCCAAGCCGGGCCAGCCUGGACUUCAUCCACGCGCUGCAGGCCAUGCUGGAGUCCACCAUGCGGCUCAUGUUCAUGCCCCGGAGCCUGUCCCGCUGGACGAGCGCCAAGGUGUGGCAGGAGCACUUCGAGGCCUGGGACUGCAUCUUCCAGUACGCCAAUAACUCCAUCCAGAAGAUCUACCAGGAGCUGGCGCUCGGCCGCCCUCAGCACUACAGCGGCGUGGUGGCGGAGCUGCUCCUGCACGCGGACAUGACGCUGGACGCCAUCAAGGCCAGCUCCAUCGACCUCACGGCCGGCAGCGUGGACACGACGGCCUACCCCUUGCUGAUGACCCUCUUCGAGCUGGCACGCAACCCCGAGGUGCAGCAGGCCCUGCGUCAGGAGAGCCUGCAGGCCGAGGCCACCAUCUCUGAGAACCCCCAGAGGGCCGUGGCCGAGCUGCCCCUGCUGCGGGCGGCGCUCAAGGAGACCCUGAGGCUGUACCCCGUGGGCAUCUCUGUGGACCGACAGGUGAACUCGGACUUGGUCCUGCAGAACUACCACAUCCCGGCCGGGACGCUGAUCACAGUGCAGCUCUACUACAUGGGACGCAACCCCUCCGUGUUCGCGAGGCCCGAGCUCUACCAGCCCCAGCGCUGGCUGGACAGGGGCUCCGGCGCCCGGCUGCCCCACCUGGCCUUCGGCUUUGGCCCCCGACAGUGCCUGGGGCGGCGCCUGGCGGAGAUGGAGAUGCUGCUGCUGCUGCACCACGUGCUGAAACGCUUCCAGGUGGACACGCUGACGCAGGCGGAUGUGAGGAUGGUCUACCGGUUCGUGCUGAUGCCGUCAGUCAUCCCGCUCCUGACCUUCCGGGCCGCCAGCUAGCGCCCUCACCGCCCACGCGCCGCGCCCCCAGCUCCCCUGUGCCCGACCCGGGCCCUGCUUCCUGCCUCACCCACUGCCCAGCCAGCACCUCCACAGGCGGAACAGCCAGGCCCUCUGAGGUCAGGCAGAGCCGGGGGUGCGUCUUGGCUGCAGGUCAGGGCUCUGUGCCCAGUCCCCCCAGCGCCUUCUCCUACGAGGAACACCAUCCGAGGGCCUUGGCCCCACCGGUCACCCCAGGACUGGCUCCCGCUCAUGUGUCCACCAAGGGGCCUCUGACCCUGUCCCCUGCCUCCUGUCCAGUCCUGCUCUUCCCCUGCGAGAACUGACAGCAGGGUCCCCUGUCCUGCUCGGGCCGCGCUCCUUGUCCGCCGUGCUCUGCCUAGCGCUGAGCAUCCAGCCGGGCUGCUAUUUGCCCACCUGCCUGUUUCCAGCCACGGGCCCUCCUGGCACUGCCAUCCUCUGCAACUGGCUGAGCCUCCCAGCCACGGGGCUGGAUAGACGGCAGCGGCUACUAGAAUGGCCACCGAGGGGCCCAGUUGGACAUCUGGGCCAAUGAUACCCCUGAAGGCAGGCAGGAUGGCCACCCCCACAGGCUGGCAUCAGGGCGACUACAGAGAAGCCUGUGGAGGAAGGGGGUGGGGCAGGUCAGCCACACGCAGCCACGUGCUCCCUUUUUAAAAAAAUAUGUUUUUUAUUGAUGUCAGAGAGGGAGGGAGAGGGAGAG